ACCCCCGAAUCCCACCCACCAGGCCCUCUGAGCCCAGGCGGGACUCGAGCCCAGGUGGCAGGGUCGCACCGCCCGUGAAGGAGGUAAGUGGGUCGCGAGAGGAGCACCUCGGGACGGAGUGAAGAUUGCGGUCGGGGCAGGCGGAGUCACGGGAAGCCGGGCCGGACCGAGGGCGCUGCGCGCCUGGCAGGGCUGGGCGGGAGGAAGAGCCGGUCUGGAUUUCCUUGAAGACUCGGACUCGCCCUCCUGAGCCGGCCAACCUCCGGGAGGGAGGCAGCAGACGGUCCACUCUGGGUUGAACAGUUUCCUUUGGAGAGGAAAUGACACCGAGCAUGUUUUUGGCUCAGAGGAGACUCUGCUCCCUUGGCAGUAGAGCUAAAUUCCUGAAGACAAUUUACUCUUCAAAAAUCUCCAGACUCUCCAUUUCUGCUAAAAUGUCUUCGAAAUUUAAAAAUGCAAAACGAAUUGAAGGCCUUGAUAGUAAUGUGUGGAUUGAAUUUACCAAGUUGGCCGCAGACCCCUCUGUUGUGAAUCUUGGCCAAGGCCUUCCAGAUAUAUCCCCUCCUCUAUAUGUGAAGGAAGAAUUAUCAAAGAUUGCAGCAAUUGAUAGCCUGAAUCAGUAUACACGGGGCUUUGGUCAUCCACCACUUGUGAAAGCUCUGUCCUGCUUAUAUGAAAAGCUGUAUCAAAAGCAGAUCGAUCCAAAUAAAGAAAUCCUUGUGACAGUAGGAGCAUAUGGCUCUCUCUUUAAUGCCAUUCAAGGAUUAAUUGAUGAAGGGGAUGAAGUCAUAAUAAUCGUGCCUUUCUAUGACUGCUAUGAGCCCAUGGUGAAAAUGGCUGGAGCAACCCCUGUUUAUAUUUCUUUAAGAUCUAAACCUGUUGAUGGGAAAAAAUGGUCUAGUUCUGACUGGACAUUGGAUCCCAAAGAACUGGCAAGUAAAUUUAACUCCAAAACCAAAGCUAUUAUACUAAAUACUCCACAUAACCCCAUUGGCAAAGUGUACACCAAAGAAGAACUCCAGCUAAUUGCUGACCUUUGCAUCAAAUAUGACACACUCUGCAUCAGUGAUGAGGUUUAUGAAUGGCUUGUAUAUACUGGAAAUAAGCAUUUAAAAAUAGCCACUUUUCCAGGUAUGUGGGAGAGAACAAUCACCAUAGGAAGUGCUGGAAAGACUUUCAGUGUAACUGGCUGGAAGCUUGGCUGGUCCAUUGGUCCUUAUCAUUUAAUUAAACAUUUACAGACAGUUCAACAAAACAGCCUCUAUACCUGUGCAACUCCUUUACAGGAAGCUUUGGCUCAAGCUUUUUGGACUGACAUGAAGCGCAUGGAUGACCCAGAGUGUUACUUUAAUUCUUUGCCAAAAGAGUUGGAAGUAAAAAGAGAUCGGAUGGCACAUUUACUUGAAAGUGUUGGCCUAAAACCUGUAGUUCCUGAUGGAGGCUACUUCAUCAUUGCUGACGUGUCUUUGCUAGAUGCAGACCUUUCUGAUAUGAAGAACAGCAAUGAACCUUAUGACUAUAAAUUUGUGAAAUGGAUGACUAAAAAUAAGAAACUCUCAGCCAUCCCAGUUUCAGCAUUCUGUAACAAAGAGACCAAAUUACAGUUUGAGAAGUUUGUGCGAUUUUGCUUUAUUAAAAAAGACAGUACACUAGAUGCUGCUGAAGAAAUCAUCAAGGCAUGGAGUAGACAAAAGUCUUGAUAACUGCAAACUGCUUUACUAUUUCUAUUAGAUGACCUAGAAUCGUUAUUAGUACUGCCACUCACUGGAUAUUGCAAAAAACAAAUAUUUCAAUACAAAUAAAAUUUAAAGAAAUAUUUUCAUUGUUUUUUUCCAAGCAAGUUGAAAUGUAUUAAACACCUUCCACUAGCCUUUUAUGAGAAUCAGUAUAGCAUUGUGGGUAAGAAAUGUGAAAUGCUGGUUUAUACUUAACCUCUGUGUGCUUCAGUUUCCUUAUAAAGGGGAAUAAAAAUAGCACCUAU